CAAAAUUGAAAUGGACAUUUGGUAUACGAUCCUUGAUAUGAUAUAUUGUGAGGAUAUAUUGCCUGACGGCCAGCGAAAUGUAAAAUAUUUAAUAAAUUCUGUCAAAUCCAUUCUUAACAAUGAUUCAUUAAGGAAUCAAUUGAAUUUGUACAUAGAGAAAUCUUUUAAGGCUGAUAAUUGUGCUAAAUCAGCUGCAAAGUCCGCUGAGAAAAGAAAAAUUGGAAAUGAGUUAUAUAAAGCUAAAAAGUUAGUAGGCGCUGUAUGUAAUUAUUCCAGAGCUAUUAUAUAUGCGGAAUGCAAUUCUUCAGAAUUAUCGUUAGCAUAUGCAAACAGAUCAGCAGCACUGUUUCAUAAAUCAGAAUGGACGAAAUGCAUACAAGAUAUAAUGAACGCAAUGUCCAGUGGGUCUACAAAAGACAAAGAAUUUAAAUUGAAUAAAAGAUUAGCGUCUUGUUGGUUUUAUUUACAUAAUAGAGAAAAAGCAUUAGAAGUAAUAUCUUACAUUGAAACAAAUAUUAAAAUAUUAACAGAUCAAGAUUCAGCUGAUCUAAAGGCGCUUAAAAAGCAGAUAGAAGACGAUCAUCAGAGUAGUGCAAUUAAUACAGCGCAUUCCAGUGAUAAUAAUGCAAUAACACCCAGUUUAGGAUACCAUUCAGAAAUUGCUUACGCUUCUCAAAAAAUUGAUCUAAAAAUUGAUAGCCUCUCUCGUGGAAUAGUUAGCACGAGUGACAUUGAAGUAGGCGAUAUUCUAUUUAUUGAACCACCUGUUUCAUCUGUAACCUUGCCAGAAACAGAAGACGAUUAUUUUGUAUGUGAUAAUUGCUGCAUAGCUACAACCACACCUGAGCCUUGUCUCUCCUGUUCUGCCAUUGCAUAUUGCUCAGACAAAUGUCGAGCAAAUGCAUGGGAAAGUUAUCACCUUUGGGAUUGCCUGGGAGCAAACAAUGCAUUCUGGAGGCAUGUAGGCAUUGGACAUCUAGCUACGAGGUUGUUGUUUGUAGGACUGCCGAAAUUGAAUAAAGUUCUACAUUCACUGGAUGAAAAAAGUGUACAUUAUAAUAAUGUAGAAACCAUAUUACUAAAAAUUGAUCAAAUGCAAAAGAAAACAGAUUGUAGAAAAUUUUUGAUUAAUGCAGGUGAAAGAUAUGCAUUUGUCUUGUCUUUAAUUACAAAUAUGGAACAUAUAAAAAAAGAUGAUUUUACAAAAUAUUUCUUGACAGCUGUGAUGCUUGCUUUGUUCAUCAAACAAAGAACAACAUUUAUCGAUCAUGUUAUAAAAGAGAAUAACAGCAUUUCAUUAGACUCUGACCAGUGGAUGCUAUUAAUAUCAGUUCUAUUGAUACAGCAUAUAUGUCAACUCAUAUGUAAUGCGCAUAGUAUUAAUUUUUUUGUUGAUGAUUCUGAUGAUAGUCAUUUCUAUGAAACCGCUACUGGGCUUUAUCCUUUAAUAAGUAUAAUGAAUCAUUCAUGUGAUCCCAAUAUAAUUACAAGUUUUUCAGGCUCAACACAAAUUGUUAGAGCUCGAUAUCCUAUCAAAAAGGGACAAGAAGUUUUCAAUUGCUACGGUCCUCAUUUUCUGACAAAUAGUUUUCAAGAAAGGCAGUCCCUGCUAUUAAGUCAAUAUCACUUCACAUGUCAGUGUACAGCAUGUGGGAAUCCAGAAUUACAAGAUCUAUAUCUCACUUUUUCAGCAUUCCAUUGUUUUACAUGCAAUGGAUUUGUUAUAAUUAAAGAUGAUAGACCUCAAUGUGCAAAAUGUGGAUAUGUUGGAAUUCACAAAAUAUUAUCAGAUUUAAAAACAAUCAGGGAACACAGAGAAAAUUUGUUAGAGAAACUUGAUGGAAUGAAAGCUGAAACUGCUUUAAAUACUGCUAGUUCUAUAUGUGAUGCAUAUGAACGAUGCUUAUACAAAAAUAAUGCCGAAUUACUUGAUGUUUAUGAUUGGAUGAGUCAAAUGCAUUCACAAUUUGGGCAUUAUGAAGGAGCUGUAAAAUAUUUUAAGAAGAUUAUAAACUUAGCAGAGAUGAUAUAUGGUACUAACUCUUUCGAAUUCGCAGAACUUCAAAACUUGCAUGCACAAAAUCUAUUAAAAAAGUAUUUAUCUUUUCCUUGCAUAGAAAAUGAGAAAGAUUCCGAUGUUUAUAAAAUGAUUCAUGCAACAACGAAAAAUGUUUUACAAAAUGCAAAGAAUAUUUAUAAUUUAUAUCUGAACAACAAAUCCGACACUGUGUAUCAGAUUAAAAAGUUGUUGAAUGAAGUUGAAUAA